UUUACUCUGACGUGCUCCUCUCCUGCAUGGGGGGGAGAGGAUUCUUAUCCCUCGUGUCCCCUGGGCUGCAGGACCGGCUGCAGGUAGAGCAUGGGAAGUAAUCGAAUUAUAUUUCCUUGGCAAUCCCCAAACCCAGUGGAACUUAAUUAGUGCUCCUUUAUGGUUGCUGAGGCUUUGGCCAAGCCAUGCUGCUGCUGUCCCACCGCCCUUCUCCCCCUCGUGCUGCGAAUGUGCCCACUGCGGGAUCCCGAAGGGUUUUGGGGGGUGCUAUUCGCUUUUCCUCGGUUCCCGGCGGAUCCCACCGCUGUUCCCACGCGGGGCUGCCCCGAGGAGCCCCGCCCACCUCAUGCAUAUUCAUGUCGCAUCAUGCAUAUUCAUGUCCCUCCCACGUGUGCCGGAGCCGGGGGCGCUGCCGCCCGCAUCGCCCGCGUGUGCCGGGAACCGGGAUCGGGAUGGGCAGCGCGGCCGGGCCGCUGCGGGUGCUGGUGGACAUGGACGGAGUCCUGGCCGACUUCGAGGGCGCGGUGCUGCGGGAAUUCCGCGCCCGCUUCCCGGCGGAGCCGCGCGUGGAGCUGGCGGAGCGCAGGGGCUUCUCGGUGCGGGAGCAGUACCGCAGCCUGCGGGAGGACCUGGAGGCCAAGGUAGCCAGUGUCUAUGAGUCGCCUGGCUUCUUCCUGAGGUUGGAUCCAAUUCCAGGAGGCCUUGAAGCUAUGAAGGAGAUGAUCCACAUGCAGGACACCCAGGUGUUCAUUUGCACGAGUCCCCUCCGGAAAUACGAGCACUGCAUCGUGGAAAAGUAUAAGUGGGUAGAGAAACAUUUGGGGCCCGAGUUUGUGGAGAGGAUUAUUCUGACCCGAGAUAAGACCGUCGUAGCUGCUGACCUGCUGUUCGACGACAAGGACACCAUCCAAGGUGCAGAACCGAACCCGAGCUGGGAGCACAUCCUGUUCACCUGCUGCCACAACAGGCACGUCCAGCUGCCGGCCCCGCGCCGGCGCCUGCUCUCCUGGGCGGACAAUUGGAAGGCCAUCCUGGAAAGCAAGCGCAGGCAGUAGUGCAGGAAGGGGAUGCUGUGCCCUUCCCAAUGCCAGGGAAACCCGUUCCCAGGAGCCAGUGAGCACCAUCACCUCGGGGUCAGUUAUAAUAACGAAUGAGCUGCCACUGCCAGACUUGGUACAGAGCUGACUCUCUCCACGUUUCUGGAAGAUUCCUCUGCACUCAGUUAACCUCUGUAGCAUUUUGGAUGUUUGCUGUUUGGAGAAGAGAAACUAUAAAACACAAGCAGCUGUGGGUUGGUUGGA